AUCUAUCACCAUUGAAUGCUUUUAUGGUGUAGUUCCAGACUGAAUGGAUAGGUGGCGCGCUGUCCUGCGCGAUCAGCUGUUCGGACUGCUGAUGAGGACAGGUACAUGAACUGACACAAUGAAGACACAGUGAAAACCACCACACAAACAGUUUGGCUGGAUAUUGCAUAAGGAUGUCUCGUAGUGGGAUGGCCUUUGACAGUUCCUGUGAUAUACAAAAAACAUUGUCCAUGACUCUGAACUGUCAUAAACAUGCAUCAAGCCUUCUAAGAGGCUUCCAAAGUCUACAAGAGGAAGGACAACUGUGUGACUUGGAGCUUAUUCUUGCAACAUCUCAGCAAACAAGAGACUGUGAAAAGUUUCCUGUGCAUAAGGUCCUUCUGGCUGCUUCAUGUGAGUCUGUUCAGCUGCAGUACCAAAGAUUACAGAAAGAAGGCACUGUGAUGCCUUGUGGAAACAUCCUACCCAAGGUUUUGUCCAUCUUUUUGGGAUAUGUGUACUCAGGUACGAUUUCGGUCCGUGCAGAGCUUGUUGCAGCACUGGUUUCAGUCGCUGAUCAAUUUGGAUGCAAGUCUUUGUAUAAUUUGUGUAUGCAGUUGCUGAAAAGGAUUUCAAGCAAGAGGCAAGGGAGGGCACUUUCGGAAGAGGAUUGGACAUUUUCUGUGGUAGAAAGACAAGAAAUGUACCUCUUACAGAAACAGGACUCUUACAAGAAGGGCAGUGGUUCAGAGGCUUGUAAAACAACUGAAACGGUUCCUUCUGAUGGACAUGUAGGGUUAGUUGCAGUACCAGGGAUAACUGAUAGGAGGAUCUACAUCCGGAAUGACUACCACACUAAGGACGUGGUGCAGGGACUACAAGCGAUCCAGUGUGAUGCGAAUAUGUGUGACGUUGUGUUAGAAGCGGACGGUGAAUCGUUCUGGGCGCAUCGUGUCGUCCUGGCGACCUGUAGCGACUAUUUUCGAGCCAUGUUCACAGUGGGUAUGCGUGAGUGUGUGGAAGACUGCGUGGUGCUACGUGACAUCAGUGCGAGGGGUCUGGGCGUGGUGGUGAGUUACAUGUACACAGGGACGGUCCAACUGUCACCAGAUACCGUGGACAUCGUGUUGGAAGUUGCACACGUUCUACUGGUCAGCAAUGUGAUAGACCUGUGCUGUGACUACCUGAUCCAGACCAUGUCGGCACAAAACUGUCUGACGGCGCUCCAGCUGGCCUAUCGCUACUCCCUGUCAGACGUGGAGACUGCCGCUGACAACUGCAUCCUUGCAAACAUCCCACAAGUUUCACAGACACCGGAAUUCAAGGACCUGACAUCUGAGGAGCUGUGUCUGUACCUGGAAAGUGACCGUCUAGACGUUACCCGUGAAGUGGACGCCUUUCAUGCGGCUGCUGCCUGGAUUAACCACGACCUUGACUCCAGAAUGACCUUGGCAGGACAAGUCAUGCGUCACAUCCGCUUCCCUCUGAUGUCGCUGUCGGAUUUGGUCCGAGACGUUCGAGCCGUCCGUUUCAUGAAGACAGACGAGGAGUGCAGAAACUUGGUCAUGGAGGCAACAAAGUACCAUCGCUACCCUGAGGAGCAGUUUACGAUGCAGUCAUCACGUACACAGGUACGCUCUGUCAAGUGGAUGUUAGUGGUCCUCGGUGGGAAUGUCAUGGAUCAAGGAGCAAGUCCAGAGAUGUUUUACUUGGAAGAGUCGUCAGCAGAAACGCCCUCGACGGCGGACGCUGUGUUGCCAUGGCAACAGGUGCAGGACCUCCCGUACGCGGGGAAACUGAACCACGCUGUCGCUGUCGUGGACAACUUCCUAUAUGUCGCAGGGGGUUAUGACAAGAAAAUGAGACUCCACAAAGCGUUUUGUCGUUAUGACCCCCGGAGCGACACGUGGACUGACCUGCGUUCCAUGCGUCACGGUCGGAGUGACUUUUGUCUGGUGGCUGUGGACAGAGUUGUGUAUGCUGUGGGGGGAUGGAACGGGGAGGAGAUAGACUUUACCGUGGAAAUGUACAAUAUCAAGAAAAAUGUUUGGAAAUACACGGCGACUCUAGACUGCGGACUGACGGGCCACGCCUCCUGUAUCCAUGACAACAAGAUCUACCUGAGCGGAGGGCGUACCGUGGCGCGCGGGCGCAGCGGCUUCUGGCUGUACAAGCCGGAGUCUGGCACGACCGCUCUGAGCCCACUGAAACAUGGACGGGCCUACCACGCUAUGGCAGAAGUGAAGGGGGGGUUCAUUGUUGUUGGAGGGGAGGAUGGGUCAAGUACUGUCCCCCAGGUAGAAGAGUAUAGCUUUAAAGGGGAGUUGUGGUCAGUUGUGACCAUGUGGCCUCGUGUCCAGUGCAGGUUUGGCCACCACGUCCUGGGCCGGACCAUGUACAUGUGCGGGGGGUAUGACUACCUCACAUCCAGCUAUACAGACAUGGUGCAGGUGCUAGAGUUGGACAGAUAUGAGUGGUGGGACUGGAGGCUUGUGGGCCGGCUGCCCUGCGUGUGUGAUGGGAUAGCUGUGUCAGCCCUGCUGUUUCCAGAACAGUUUAAGAAGGAAAAUUCACUCAUGGCAAAAAAACUCUCAGAGCUGAAAAAAUCAUAGGAAAUUUCUGCACUGUAGCAUAUUGUGUUACCUCUGUUUGCAAAGGUUUUGUUUUCAGUGUGUCUGUGUGUUUGCUUGUGUUUCUGUACUUAAAGUUGUUGCCAUGUGCUAGACACAUUCUGUAUCUGUAUAGCCGGUAUAACCGCCCUUCGGCAUAACACACCAGCUGUUAGGUUACACCAACAUUAAGCACACUGACAGGAAGUUAGGCCAUAGGUCCUAGAAAAGGUUAUUUUCAGUCCAUACCAUGGUAUGGUGAGUACAUGUAAAGGUAACAUUGUGAUGGUCCAUUUCUGCAAAAGGUUGAUAUUGGUUGGUCCAUUUUGGAAUGUGGAGGGAGAUGGGGGAAACAUGCUGUAUUCCUGAGCUAUUCUAGUCUUUUUUCCUGUCUUCAAUUUCAUGCUAUACGCGUCGAUUUGUUUGCAAUUUUCUAGUGCGGAAAUAACGUUACAUAGUCACAGACAUAAUCAGUUAGAAAUUGACAAUAAUGAAUAAAACAAGAAAUUCUCAAAAACACUUCAAUUUCUUGUUCUGUAGAAGAAACUGUUUAUUGCAGUUUAUUAUCAAUGAUUGCAAUCAUAUUUUUUAUGUAACUUAACUGUUAUAGAAUUACAUUUUGUAAGUGGUAAUAAAGUUCUCU